CACCGGCUCCACAAGUCAACUUUCGCUCGUGUGGUGUGUGAUGUGCGUGUUUUCUCUCGUGUGUUGUGUUGUGAUGGGGACGAGUCGCUCACGAAGCGAGUAGGAACAACGGCAGGAGACGAGGAGCAUUGCAACCGCUUCGUCGCGCGAAACGCACAAGAGACGGCUUGACUUUAUAUUACUAUGGGAGCAUGGUCUCGCGUUCGCCGACAUGCUGCGAAUCGUGCGCCCCUCCGUUGCUACACUGCUACAGCUGUUGCUCGUCGCUGUGUUGCCUGCAAUAUGCGCCGUGCACGCCGAUCGUGGGCAUUCGGAAGCAUGGCACGGUGCCGACGGCGCUGAACAACCGACAGAGAAGGACGACAGGCACCUUGCCGUUGUUGAACCCCUGAUUCUGGUCUCCACCUUGGACGGAACCCUGCAUGCCGUGGAAAAGAAGUCCGGCAGCAUACGCUGGUCCAGAAAAGAAGAGCCAGUUCUGAAGGUGCCUGCUGAUGUCUCUAAAAGGACAAGUUUUCUUCCGGAUCCAAAGGACGGCAGCCUGUACAUUUACGGCUUUGGUGAGACCAGCGGCGAGGAUGCCAUCAAGAAGCUCCCCUUCACCAUACCGGAACUGGUGUCAGCGUCGCCGUGUCGAAGCACCGAUGGCAUCCUGUAUACCGGUCAAAAGCUGGACGUCUGGUUCGCCAUCGACAUGUUCACGGGAGACAAGCUGGAGACCAUUUCGUUUCACGGUUCCGACAAGGUCUGCCCGGUCUCCUACGAGAGGGCGAUCUUUGUCGGCCGCACAGAGUUUCAAAUUGCCAUGUACGACAGCAAGACGGGCGAAAAAAGAUGGAACGCCUCCUUUUUCGACUACGCGGCCCAGACAGCACCUGACCUAGCCAAGGAUUACGACUUGGCCCACUUCACAUCAAGCGAAAGCGGUCGGGUGCUGACAUUCAAUAAGGAUACCGGUGAUUUCCUGUGGGAGCGGGAGCUGGGAAGUCCCGUCGUCGCGGUUUACGAUGUCGGCGAAGAGGGCACGCUGCGGCGCCUGCCUUUCACGCCGGUGGCGCACCGUACCCUGGAGGACAUCACCGGGAGGCUGAAGCGCUCAUCUUGGAACAAGAACUUGCUGGAACCAUCACAGCACACCACGCUCUACCCUGCGCUGUACGUUGGCGAGCAUGCAAAGGCCAGCUACGCUCUGGCCGCUUUGGUGGACAAGAACAUGCCAGUGAUGAUGUCACGGGACCGGAGGAUACCUCUCCUGGAAGGUCCCACUUCGCCUGGCGGCCGUGCAACGGGAGCGACGCCCGAUGAGUUUGAGUCGUCGGGAAGCAGAGCAAAAAAGCGAUCCUUUGUCUCCGGCUACUACGAGUACCCAAACACCAUGGUGGCCUUGCUGUUCUCGAGGCUCCAGAUCGGGUACCGGCGUCCGCCACAGUCUGAAGAUACGGCAAGCCGCCACAUCCAGGACCAGCGGGACGUUCCCUCAGAAGAACUGCACGUCGAGGAACGGGUAAUCCCGACCAAAGACGCCGACGAUCUCAGACACGGAGGACUGGAGUGGGAGAUCGGGGACGACGGCAAGAGCUGGAGGCCCCUCCCCUUCUUCAACCGCAAAGGGGAUGAGUGGGGCGGCAGGGACGGAGUCAGGACCAGGGGGUCUGGCUCUGCACGUCAGAGGCGCCGGCGUGUUGAUGCGUCGACGGAGACUCCGCAGUGGCCACCAGAAGAUACCCUGCUGUCCACCUUGGGCCAGGUGACCUGGGUCCAAAUGGCACUGGUGAUUCUUCUUGGAAGCAUGGCAGGGGCAGUGGCAUACCUUUAUCCGCAGGCGAGAGAGUACCAGCGCUCGUCACGGAGUGGGAACCUGAGGGUCAGCGGGAACAGCCAAAUUCUGGAAGUGACAGAAGACGGUGUCUGUCAUGUGGGCAAGAUCAGCUUCGACACGCAAGACGUGAUUGGCCGUGGCUGUAAUGGAACUUUUGUGUUCAAGGGCACGUUUGAGAAGCGCCCAGUGGCAGUCAAGCGCAUACUGCCGGACUGCAUCAGCCUGGCAAGCCGCGAAGUGGACCUGCUGCGCGAGUCCGACGAGCACCCCAACGUGGUCCGCUACUUCUGCAUGGAGGAAGACCGCCAGUUCUGCUACAUUGCCUUGGAGCUGUGCGAGGCCACCCUGCAGGACUACGUGGAGCGUCCCGACUCAGAUGACUGGGGCCACCUGGAACCCACCACCCUGCUCCACCAGGCUUCCUCCGGACUGCACCACUUGCACUCGCUCGACAUUGUGCACCGAGAUGUCAAACCGCACAACGUACUCAUCUCACGACGGAACGCCGCUGGCGAGGCCAAGGCCAUGAUCUCGGACUUCGGACUUUGCAAGAAGCUUAGUCACGGGCGGCUGUCGUUCUCACGAAAGUCCGGCAUCACUGGCACCGAUGGUUGGAUCGCACCUGAGAUGCUGUCGGGCCAGGGACGAGCUACGAAAGCCGUGGACGUGUUCUCGUUGGGCUGUGUCUUCUACUACGUGCUGAGCGGGGGUCGGCAUCCGUUCGGCGACACCCUUGAACGGCAGGCGAACAUUAAGCACGGACGGCACAACCUCUUGGACGUCGGAACAAAUGGUCCCCUCGGCCAAUCCCUGAUCGAGCAAAUGCUGCACACAGAUCCCCAGGAGCGUCCCUCCGUCUCGGCGGUAGUGAAGCACCCCGUCUUCUGGGGCCCAAAGAGGCAGCUGGACUUCUUUCAGGAUGUGAGCGACCGAAUCGAGAAAGAGCCCCCGGACAGUGCGGUGGUGCGACGUCUUGAACGGGGCGGCUUUGAAGUGGUGCGCGGUGACUGGCGCGACCACAUCACCGAGGAGCUGCAGAAAGAUCUACGCAAGUACCGGACUUACAAGGGUCAUUCUGUUCGAGACCUGCUAAGGGCCAUGCGCAAUAAGAAGCAUCAUUACCGGGAGCUACCAGAGGCGCUGCAGUCCGAGCUGGGCACGAUACCGGAGGAGUUUGUCGGCUACUUCACGUCGCGGUUCCCGCUGCUGCUGCCGCACACGUACCUGGCCAUGCAGGAGUGGCGUGACGAGCCCACCCUGCGGCCGUACUAUGCGCACGACGGAUCGGCCGAGCUCCGGCCGUCGCGGGUGCACCAACCCCCGCUCCAGGGGGGUCCCUCGUUUCCGUGGCAGUGGCGGCGGCGGAAAGCGGACGCCACGAAGCCUAAGGACGGGGAGGGAGGAGAAGAUGCCUCGGUUGCAUCUGGUGCGGAAUCCAUGGCACCACACGACAGUCCACCGGAUUCCACGGAUCCUCGCUUGGCUUCCGACUUGGCCAGCUCACCAUCCACUGACAGCGUCAAGGAACACCGGAGACGUUCACCGAGGAGAUCGUCUCCCAACGGUGCCUGGCACGUUGACGAUGCUGACUCCAAGCCCCAAGUGCUCGAGACGAUUCCCAGUGGCGAGUACCUGGAGAGCACGAAGGCUGCUAUCUCGGACGACUUCGCACAGGCCAAGGAGCUCUAUGUCGCCGGUGUCGCUGUUACUGCGAAGAGGGCGAGUCUGGACGUACCGAGAGAUAACAUUGCAAGGCUUUCCGACAGCAGUGGCAGCCCCAAACGACGGUCUCCGAGCCGCGACGCAAAUUGGCGUAGCCGUAGUCCCCUCACAGACGGGGAACGUCGAGACUCUAGCCGAGACGCAGACGGACGUUACGCGAGGGACAACACAGUUGAUUCCGACAAUUUCUCAAGGCAUACAACGAGACGUAGCAGUGUUAGUCCAAAGCCAACCAGAUCGAACCGGAAGCACCGCUCGCCGAGUCACAACACAAACUGGCGUAGCAGGAGUCCCAGCGUCGCCGCCGAAAGCCGCCAGCUCGAGAGCAGGGACGGUGGUGCAGUUCAAGGCGGUGCAGCAUCUGGUGCUGCCGACUUGCGGAGGGCCCUGGACAAGCAUGCCAACAGCAGCCCCAGAUCGGUCGAAACAGAUGAAAGACAAUCUUUGCCGAUCCGCCAUGUGAACUGGCGAAGCCCUAGUCCAACCGUUUCCAAGAAACGUGAGGACUCGCAAGAAAGACCCCACAAAAGCGCGGUUAAGGAAUGUCAGAACUUGCAAGAAAGUCCGAAAAGGGAUGUUGCUAACGCUACUCCCGCUUUGAGAGAAACACUCGUCGACGGAGCUGCCGUGGCGGAAGUGAGCACCGAUGAAAUGAUCACCAGCAAGACAGCUGCAAACUCAUCUAAGAAGCCCGUCAUUCAAGUUUGUGACAAAGAUCAGCUGACAGAUCUUGGUGAGAAAGCUUGGAACGGUGAGUUCUCUCCCGAGUCAAAGGAGGUUGCUAGUGGGCCAACUUGGCAACAACCUGCAGACAUAGAGAAGGACGUUGCAGAGUGGCAGACAGUCGUGCGGCGACAGCCUCCUUCAAAGCAGCCGGUUCAUCAGGCGGUAACUGUCUUGACUCGGCGUCGACGUAGUUUUUCAGACGGCGAAGCCAGUGGCGAUGUUUUUGCUACGGUCUUGGUCAAGAGAAGCUGAAGAGUAAAGUUGGUGUGUUUGUGCUUUGGAACUGGUUUCUCGGGGUCUCCACCUAACAUCAUCCCGUCGGCGUUCUCUCAGAUGACCGUCUUUCGACCCGCAGUUGUUGUUUGAGGUGUCUGUAAAUUUUGGAAUGUGUGUGAAGGCGGGUAGUUGGCGUACAAGACAAAGCGUAGUUCUCAUCUGAAGCCGUCAGCAGGGUAGCUCAAUAUUUGCUUCUUAGCUUUGUUGUAUCUAAGCACAAGCACCACUAGGGGUGCUGUAGGAAAGUAUUUAAGUACUGUACAAAGCUAAGUGUCUUUCCAGCCAUUCGAGGGCUGCCGCUACAAGCUAAAAGUGAUAACACGGGAAAGUGCAAAGUGUUUAGGGCACCCCCGUGGCGUUCCAGCGUGUCAUGAAGUGACUUCACUUAAGUAGAAGCGUUAACUGCCCAUCUUAUCUUGAUCUUGUCCGAAAUAGUGUGUUGAAUACGUGGUGUGUUAUACAGACUGAAAUGUAGCGUACAUUCUAUUUUGGCUUGCUCUUUGUGUCAUUCGUUAAUGCGCACAAAUAUAACACUGUCGUAUGCCUUAAAUAUUUAAAAUGCUACAGGCAACUGCCGCGUUCACUGUUUGUGGAACUGUCCUUAGCGUGAAAUCGAUGCACAUUACCUUAUCUAUAAAGCAUGCAUCUAUUCUGGAGUCUUUCUCCUCCUCUGUUUCAGCUUGUUUUUGAGUUGAAUUAUUAUUUUCUUCCAUGAGAUUGAGAGAGAGAGAGAGAUUGAGCACGAAUAAAUUUCGGACACGGGGUUUUAACGGUAGCUCCUCUCUCUGAUGCUUAUCAGAAAUGCGUGAUUUUUUCAUUCACCAUUGUUUAUAGUCACUUUAUAUUGUGUUUAUCACCUUCUGGGACCAAGUGGUGGUGUAUUCGUAAAGUGACCUAUAGGAGGCACAAACUCAUGUCGAUGUAAAGCAUUGAUGGGGACGAACCCAGAUUUCCCUGUGCCUUUUAGCACUCUUGCAGACUCAAUAUAAAUGAGUCGGUGUCCUAUACUAGAAGGAAAACUACUUGUUUGUGACUUACGGAAGAUGCGUGGUAAUUUUUUUUACUUUCUUAGGUGAGCUCUGCGUGGGAUUCCGCCAGGCCAACCAAAUUUCCUAAAUGGGAGAGUUGUCAUGCAUGUGCAGGAAGUGAAGCGUGCCAGCUUCUGAGGUUGCUUGGGAAAAAAAGUUUGCAGCUGAAGGGGAAAACUUGCGUUUGUCCGAGGGUCGAAACGAUUACCAACACUGUUUUGAGGUAGCCACUCUACUAGUUAAAGUAGCCACUCUAGUAGUUGAAGUAGCCACUCUACUAGUUGAAGUAGCCACUCUACUAGUUGAAAGUAGCCGCUCUAGUAUCUGAGGUAACCACUCUACUAGCUGAAGUAGCCCUCUCCACAAGCUGGGCUAGCUAUCAGCCACCCGACAGUCUGCGCUAGUCAUCGGUCAUAGUCGAGUUAACCAUUGGAUGAGUCACUUUCGUUGACACAUCUACUUUUGCAAGGUACAAGCAUACAGGUGAUGAAAUGUUUCCUCUGCCCACUCCCUGACGAGCUGGAUUUCAUAACUUGUUGUCGAUGUCUUUCGAGACAUAAUGAAUGAAUGUAUUGAUAUUCAUCCACCUGAAUUGGCACACGACUAGGAAGUCGUUCCUGUUGGGCUUGCAGAAAGAAGCUAUCCUGUCUGUUGACAAUGUUGAAUCAAGUAACGUCAACUACAGCUUUGGCAGAAUGUUUAACUGAGUAGCUGGUUUCGCAUCUUCAAGAAUGUUUACCCGGUGACUACCGCUUGUUACAUAAAGCAGGUUGUGGCAUACUUCAUAGCCAUUGCAGUCUCGAUUAGUGUGGCACACUUGGACACGUAGGCUAGCUUAAACUGUGGCU